GUCACGCACUGGUGUCACGCCAUCAAGCAUUAGGUUGGUCAUCGGAAAAAAAUCUUUAAAAAAUCAAUGUACACUCUGUUUGUUAUCUAGUCUGUGAUCUCUGUGACAUUUAAAACUUGAUUCGCAUUCAUAUUUAUCAUGUUAUGUUAUUUGAAUAGUUAUAGUAUUUAAUCAGUGAAUCCGAGCUUACGGCGAGAAGCGCGCGCGUUUUUUUUUUAUUUAUAGUUAUUGCUAAAAUUCAACAAAUAUAACCAUGGGAAUGCUGAUAUUCCUGUUGGGAACGGCGCUUCUUCCCAGUUUUGUUUCGCUUCAAGCUGCCCAAGAUCUGGACCCCGAUACCAGGAAAUACCUGGAUAAUAUCUUCAAAAGUGUCACUGAAGAUAUCGACAACAACACAUUGAAUUGGUUGAAAACAGUCGUAGGCACCAAUGAUACGGAAAUAAGCACCGAAAGUUCUUCAGAAACGGCCACCAUUGCUGUUACAUCGGCUCCAGACGACACCACGGGCAAACUUUGGAGCAAAUCAGAUCUCUCUGAUCCAGAUCUAGAUGCGGACUUUGAAGACAGCGUAAAAUGUUCAAUGGACGACGGUUCGGAUGGUCUCUGUGUGUUGUACCACCAGUGUGAUGACAAAGGAUUAAUAGAUAACACCACGCUUAUAGACUUGAGGGCGGGUAAAUGUCCGCAUUACCUCAUGAAGUGCUGUCUGCCUUCGGAAGCCCACAAGAAACCGACGAAGGUCACACCGUCACUACCGCAAUCUGGUUGUGGCUGGAGUAACCCAGGCGCGAGCAUCCUCCGCGUCAAGAGUUCAGGUCAGGCAACAAGCCAGGACAACAUCAAUAAACAAACAUACGCCGAUUACGGGGAAUUCCCUUGGAUGGUUGCUUUGAUCAAGAAGCACGACGGUGAGGACUGGUCGCAGAAGAAUUACCUGGGUGGUGGUACCAUCAUACAUCCGUCCGUGGUGGUCACUGCUGCUCACAAAAUCGACAAGUAUAUUCCAGAGCAGAUAAAAUGUCGGGCUGGAGAGUGGGACACGCAGACGAAUCUGGAGCUAUAUCCUUAUCAGGAGCGGGAUGUACAGAAGAUUGUCACCCACGAGGAGUACUAUAAGACACCGGCAUACAACGAUAUCUCCCUUCUGAUACUGGAAAAGCCGUACGACUUGAGGGACGCACCCCACAUUGGAGUAGCGUGCCUCUCACCUGACCUGCCUGUUCCGGGCAAGCAAUGCUUCAGUAUGGGCUGGGGGAAGGAGUUCCAAAAGAAGGACAAGUAUGCUGUUAUUUUGAAAAAGGUUCAACUCCCGUAUGUAGCUUUCGAAGAGUGCCAAGCUUCUCUAAGGAAGACAAGGCUGACCGCACGGUACAACUUACAUUCGUCCCAUCUCUGCGCCGGCGGUGAGGAAGGUGUCGAUACUUGCAAAGGGGACGGUGGAUCGUCUCUUGUGUGUCCUAUAUUGGAGGACGGUGAGUUCACAAGGUUUGCUGUUUAUGGAAUGGUGGCGUUCGGGGUCGGUUGUGGUAAUCCGAUUCCUGCAGUCUACGUGAACAUUCCUCACCUGUACCGUUGGAUUGGAGCGAAGAUGAGAGACGAAAACUUCGACCGUUCUUCUUAUAGAUAUUAAAAUACCUUUCUUGAAGAUAAAAGUGAAUGCAGUACUAGUUAAUGAAUAUCUCAUAUAUGUGUUUUUGUGGAAUCAAACCUUUUUAGGGUUCCGUACCCAAAGAGUAACCAACCGGACCCUAUUACUAAGCUUCCGCUGUACGUCCGUCCGUCUGUCCUGUCCUGUCAGCGGGCUGUAUAUCAUGAUCCGUAAUAGGUAGACAGAUGAAAGUUUCACAGAAUAUGUAUUUCUGUUGCGACUAAUACAACAAAUAAUAAAAAUUUAAAUUAAUUAAAAAUUAUAAGGGUCUCACCUACUAGAAUCGUGUAUUACAAUGGUACGGAACCCUUCAUGUGUGAGUCCGACUCGCUCUUGGCCGGUUUUUGUUGUUGCAUAUCAAAGAGAUUUAAAUAUAUAGGUUGCAUAUAAACUUAUUUCUCUGUUUUCUCUCUAGAUAAUGGCACUAGAACAAAUAUUUUUUUACGAUAAAAUCUACAUCUGUCACUGCCAUGUUGAUUUUAUCAUAAAUUAGUUAUUUUAAAAAUUUGAAACUUACUUAAAUUAAAAAAAAAAAACAGAGGCAGCCAUAAGGACUGUCGACAGAAGUGAAAACUCAAAUGUACACAGACGGCUAUACCACAUGAGUAAAGAAACCGUACCGUACAGAGGCAAAGCUUCAUACAACCGCGCUAUGAUAAUUACACUACUACAAGCUUGAGGCGCGAGUGUGCGUGAGCACUGGCGGCUCGUCACGUACAGAGAGAAACUGAUUUCAACCGGCUCAGCCAGUGCUCAAACUCAAGGUUGUGCAAAGAAAAAUAAGUGUCAAGUUUUAUUUUUAAAGAACUGUUCCUGUCACAUGAAAUAUAAAAAGGUGUUAUUAUGGUUUACUUGUACUGUUUGUAUGAACAAUAAUAU